CAUAACCUAGUUAAUUAUUUAUUUACAUGUUUUGUCUUUUGCAAAUAAAUUAAGAAUUAUCUGUGAAUGUACGAUAAAAUGUGGAAAUAAGUUCGUGGCUUAUUUAUAGCUAUUACAGCAUCUACAGUGAUAUUAAAAUGACGAGCUACGAUGAAGAUAUCCAGCAAAAUGUGUUUCAUCAAUACUUCAUUGAAAACCACCCUGAUCUUCUGCAGAAGGUUUUACAAGAAAACUGGAUUCUUUGUGUUCCAAGAAGCCAAUCCAUCACAGAUCCAGUAACAACACAAGAUAUUUUUGAUCAUGUGCUGAUCAGCAAUUCAGAGUUGGGUGAAAUCAAAACUUUGUCUGGAGCAACAAUCCAUCUAGAGAACAAUCAACUGGACUCUGUAAGAGUUUUAUUCAAGGAAAGUGUGUAUUUAAAAGGAUACAAAUAUUUGGUAUAUUGUAUUGAGCAUCCUCUUAACCUUAGGAAUAGUGAAUGUGAUAGAACAAAUUUAGAGAUACACACAUUUAAAGAUUGUGUUGAUUUCCUAUGCAGAGAAACAACAGGAGGUACAGAGAUUCUAACAAAAUUAACUGAGAUAUGUGAAAGAUUUUUAGAAGCAAAUGAAAAUAUAUUAUAUUACACAUUGGGUGAGUUGAGAAUUUCUGUCAGAGAACUCUAUGAUGAUUGUGUAUUAGUAACAUUUUGUAUGAAUAACUUGAAAAGCAGAUGCUUGAGAGAUUUUAGCUUAAGAAAUAAGAUCAAACUGAGUGUUGAAAGCAUUAUGGAAAAUUCACUUAAUGGAAAUGUUUUUAAAGCUGUCUGCACAACAACAUCAAGAGCUGAUGCAGAAUUUAAUAAAACAGUGAGAAACCUACAGGGAAUGCAGUUAAAGGAUUUUUGCAGAACAAGUGUGAAAUGCAUGUACGCCAUAGGCAAUGCUAGGUGUAUUUUAGGAAAACUGAAUAGUCACAUGACAAUCUUAGGAAAAAUUAGUUGCCUGAAGAAUACUUUUGAAUUGUUUUCCAACAACAGUGAAAGCAAUUUGACGUCAGAAGAUUUACUGCAGUUAUUUGCAUUCUUGAUUAUAAAGUUGAAUAUCAAUAAUUGGAUAGCGAAUCUGGUUUAUUUGCAGGAAUUCUCGGUGAGCGCAAAUUUCAAUAGUGAAACCAACUUUCUUAUUACAACAUUAGAAGCUGCCAUAGAAUUCAUCAAGUCGCGAAGCAUAUUUGAGAUGAGCUGCAACUUGGAAGUGGAUAACGAUUUACUGAAUAUGAUUCGAGUGGGAGACUUGGAUGGAGUUGCUGGUAUCUUCGAUGGUCGUAAAAUGAGGGGAGGACAUCAGUUAUGUCAUCCACUGUGCGCGUGCGACGAAUGCGAAGCCGCCUUCAACCUGAAAGAUUCAAAAGCGAGGAAUUGCCUGCAUCUCGCAUGCAUUUACGGACAUCCGCAUAUUGUUGAGUUUUUGCUCCACAAGAAUGUUGUUGAUAUAAACGAAAUUGAUUACUCCAAUUCGAAACCUAUCCAUUAUGCAGCUAGCUUUGGUCAUCAAAACGCGUUGUUGCUCUUGAUGCACAACGGAGGAGACAUAGACAGUCCUAAUGAUGAUGGCGAUAGUCCUUUACUUUUAGCAGCUGAAAACGGUCACGAGAAUUGCGUGAAGGCCUUACUGUUUUACGCCGAACUGAAGAAUACUCCAAUAGAUGUGAAUCGACGAAACAGCUCAGGUGAUACCGCUCUUCAUCUGGCUUCAAAUUGGGGCUUCCUCGGUAUAGUUAACACUUUAUUGCAAUAUCAUAUAGACGCAACUAUAAAGAAUAAACGCAAUCAAAUUGCAUUGGAUUUGGCGCACAACUUUUACGUGAAAGAUAUUUUAUUGAAUAGUCAAAAGUACGAGAAGAUCGAAGACGCAAAAAUAGUGCGAGAGAAAAAUGCAAACACCAAAAAUUUGGACCAUUUCAAGAAGACUGAUUUACUACUCAAAGCCAUUGAGAACAACGACCUGCAACUGUGCUGCUUCUACUUGGGAAUAGCCAAUCCCUUGGUGCAGACGACCACCGUAAACUAUUGCCACCCUUUAUGUAAUUGCGAAUCGUGCACAGAAUUGACCCCAGAAACGCAAACUCGUAAACAACUGGUCAAUAUUAAUUCCACGAAUUGCGAUGGUCUUACUGCACUCCAUGUGGCGGCUAGGUUCGGUAGAAAGGAGAUUUUGAGGAUCCUGCUGGACUCUAGGGCGGACGUAAAUAUGGUUACACAUAAAAGUCGUUACACUCCAUUGCACUUAGCGUGCCAUCAACAGCGAUCAUCCAUUGUCUUGGAACUCAUACAGUGCGGAUCGUGCAAGAUUGAUGCAACGGAUUCCCGAGGAAACACCCCGUUACACAGUGCCUGCUCCAAGAAUGACCCAAAAAUUGUUAAUUUACUUAUAACCCAAGGCGGGGCGGAUAUUAGGAUCAAGAAUUCCGAAGGGAAAACAGCCUUGCAGAUAGCCAAAGACAAGAACCUCUUGAAAGUCAUGGAGACUAUCCAAAAGCAUGACCACAUUAACUCCGAUCUUGUAUACUCAUUCGAAACUUGAUAUUAUCUAUUGAAGAUUAAAAUAUGCUUUAUUCAGACAACACGCAAUUCAUUAAUAACUUACCUAUCACCAACUUUAUUUACGUUUCGGAAAGAGGAAGGGAUUUCAGUUGAGACUAUAAUGAAAACUUAAU